AUGAAGGGUAUCAUGAGGUUCGGAAAGAAGUUCCAAUUGAGUCUGAGGUUCAUCGUUCCAUUUGAGGUGUUGGAGCGAAUUGGAGAGGUUGCUCAUAGGGUUGCUUUGCCACCCAGUCUAUCGGGAGUUCAUCCAGGUUUCCAUGAGUCUAUGAUCCGGAAGUACCUUGCCAACAGGCCACAUUUGUUAGAUUACAGUACGGUUCAGCUAGAUGAGAGCUUGGGUUAUGAGGAGGAUCCAAUUGCUAUUGUUGACAGGCAGGUCCGCCAGUUGAGGUCUAAGAAGAUUUCAGCGCUAAAGGUCCAGUGGAGGGGUCAACCAGUCGAGGAGGUGGCUUGA